AUGGACUGUUCAAGAUUGAAAGUAAUAGAUGCCGAGUUGUGUAACAGACGACAUAACUUCCCCAGGUGUUUAUGGAUCAGUUGUAAACCGUUUUCUUUCGAUGUGAAACCAAACGGAGCGUUUUCCUCCGACAUGAGCUCCUUGGGAGAGACAGCUUGGGAAGUGGUAAUACAACCACACAACCAAGUAUCUUCUAACAGCUGUCCCAAGAUCGACUCCGAUUGUCCCAACGUUAUCACCUAUGUGGAUAAAAGAUACAAUACAGCAUUGAAACAAAUUGCCGCCUUGAAUGGACCGUUCUCAGGCGAUUGCAACGAAUUUGAGCACAAUAUAUCCUUCAGUUAA